AUGCCACCCUCCGGCCUCCUCUCCUACAUCCCGACCAGCUUCUCCUCCAUCCUCCCUGUCCGCGGCUGCGCCGCGCCCCCCUCGCCGUCUCCGUCUCCGUCGCCGGCGCCUCCACCGGCAGCGUCUCCGGCCCCGAGCAAGAUGUCGCCCUCGGUGAAGGCGGCGGACCGCGCGGAGCUGGCGCGCGUGUUCGAGCUGUUCGACCGGAACGGCGACGGGCGCAUCACGCGGGAGGAGCUGGAGGACUCGCUGGGCAAGCUGGGCAUCCCCGUGCCGGGCGACGAGCUGGCCGCCAUGAUCGCGCGCAUCGACGCCGACGGCGACGGGUGCGUGGACGUGGAGGAGUUCGGCGAGCUCUACCGCACCAUCAUGUCGACGAGCAGCGGCGGGGACCAGAAGGAUUCGUCGGACGAGGAAGAGGACGAGGACAUGCGGGAGGCGUUCCGCGUGUUCGACGCCAACGGCGACGGGUUCAUCACGGUGGACGAGCUGAGCGCCGUGCUGGCGUCGCUGGGGCUGAAGCAGGGCCGGUCGGCCGAGGAGUGCCGCCGCAUGAUCGGGCAGGUCGACCGCGACGGCGACGGCCGCGUCGACUUCCACGAGUUCCGCCAGAUGAUGCGCGGCGGCGGGCUCGCCGCGCUCGCCUGA